AUGCCAUUGGCGGGGGUGGAGCUAGGCUACCCAGAACCUCAGGUGGACAUCCAGCCCCCACCCCGGCACCAUGGGCUGCUUCACAGGAACCCCUACUCCCGCUCCACCUCCUCAGGAGCAGGGGAAUCUGAGGGCCUCGACGCCUUGUCGGCUGUGGUGGAGACGGAACGGGGGCUAACAACCAGCCUUGGCCAACUGAACUCCUACCUGCAGAGUGAGUCCAGGCAGCAGUCGCUCCCGGCGGCGAAUCUCACCAGUGAAGCCGGCAUAGAGCCGGAUGCCAGCCCUGGAGUGCGCUUCCCGCCGCUCAGGCCAGAGCUCACUCAGAGCCCCGCCCAUCAGAGAGGAUGCCGGGAAGCCGGCGGACCCUCAUUCACGCCCGCCCGCUGCUGA